CGAUGGAUGAUGACGCAGGAAAUCCUCUCUGGUCGUACCGGAGCCGUUAGUUUCUUCUCCGGGAGCGGUUUUGUGUUGAACCCGGUGAAGAGUGGAACAUGUGUCCGCCGACAGAAGCAGCUUAAAGUCUGUGAGGUUAAGUUUGAGCAGCAGCGACGUGGAUUUGUGCCGGAAACAGGUGAAGACGGACUGCGAGCUGCUGCUGAGCCGCUUCCAGCAAACACAGUCCGUCCGCUUCAAGGUUUUUUCCGGCAUAUGGAGGGACAUAAACUUCUCACACAUCUUCUGGUGAUUGGCAGGAGGAGGAGAGUCUGACGGAGGAGCAGAGGAACGUUGUCAGCCAUUUGGUGUGAGCUCAACAACGGAGGAAACAUGGAUUCUUCACAAGAAAAACAUAAAACCGGCAAUGGAGUGAGACGUCGGACCUCUGAGGAGGAUACCGAUGCUUUGCCAACAACAACAAACACAGAUGAAUCGCUCAGUUGUGAGCAAUGUGACAAGACUUUUAUCACAGCAAGAAAGCUAAAAAUUCACCAACGUUUUCACACUUUGGGCAAACCGUUCAGCUGUGAUCAGUGUGGGAAGACUUUUACUUACAAGAAUACUCUAACAGCACAUCAGCUCAUUCACAGUGGAGUUAAACCAUUCAGCUGUGAUCAGUGUAGGAAGACUUUUACUUCCAAGGGUAAUUUAACAACACACAAACUCAUUCACAAAGGAAUAAAAGCGUUCAGCUGUGAUCAAUGUGGGAAGACUUUUACUCAGAUGAGCAACCUAAGAAGCCAUCAAGUCAGUCACAGUCGAGUUAAACCAUUCAGCUGUGACUUCUGUGGAAAAACUUUCAAGAGGCAAAACGGUCUAAAAUCUCACCAACGCAUCCACACUGGACAUGAUGCUUACACAUGUGAUCACUGUGGAAGGCCAUUUGGUCUGUACUCACAGUUAAAAGCCCAUGAAGCCAUCCACACCGGGGUGAAACCGUACCACUGUGACCAGUGUGGAAGAGGCUUCAACUACAUUUGGAAUCUCAAAGCUCACCAACGUGUCCACACUGGUGAGAAACCAUACAGAUGUGACCAAUGUAAUGAGACUUUUAGUACUUGGGGUUACCUGAAACGACACCAACAGAUCCACACCAGGAAGAGGUCAUUGAACCAAGGUCACAGUGAGAAACGUGAAAACAGCAAUGGAGUCAGACAUCAGAGUUCUGAGGAGGAUAUCGACGGUUCCCUUACAACAACAAACGGAGAUGAAUCAUUCAGCUGUGAUCAAUGUGGAAAGGCUUUUACUUCCAAGAGUGGUUUGACAAGACACCAACGCAUUCACAGUGGAAUUAGACCAUUCAGUUGUGAUCAGUGUGGGAAGAGUUUUAGUCAGAAAGUAAACCUAAGAACCCAUCAACGUAUUCACAGUGAAGAUAGGCCAUUCAGCUGCAAUCAGUGUGGGAAGACCUUUAAACGGGAGCAUCAUUUACACGGUCAUCAACUCAUUCACAGUGGUCUUAGACCAUUCAGCUGUGAUCAGUGUGGGAAAACGUUUCAACAUUUGCAAAAUUUGAACAUCCAUCAAGUCAUUCACAGUGGCAUUAGACCAUUCAGUUGUAAUCAGUGUGGGAAGACUUUUAAACGGGCACAUCAUUUAAAAUGCCAUCAAGUCAUUCACAGUGGAGUUAAACCGUUCAUCUGUGAUCAUUGUGGAAAGGCUUUUACUUCCAAGGGUGAAUUAACAAAACACCAACGCAUUCACAGUGGAGUCAAACCAUUCAGCUGUGAACAUUGUGGAAAGGCUUUUACUUCCAAGGGUGAUUUAACAAAACACCAACGCAUUCACAGUGGAAUUCGACCAUUCAGUUGUGAUCAGUGUGGGAAGACUUUUAAACGGGCACAUCAUUUAAAAGGCCAUCAAGUCAUUCACAGUGGAGUUAAACCGUUCAUCUGUGGCCAGUGUGGAAAGGCUUUUUCUUGGCUGGGCGCCCUCAAAAGUCACCAACUCAUUCACCAUGGAGGUGAACCAGUCAGCUGUGAUCAGUGUGUGAAAACCUUUACUCAGAAAGAACAGUUGUUGAUCCAUCAAUGCCCACACACUGGUAGAAAGAUGUACCGGUGUGAUUACUGUGAAAAAAGUUUCAAUCGCCAACAGAGCCUAAAAUUUCACCAACGCAUCCACACUGGACAUGAUGUGUACAUAUGUGAUCACUGUGGUAAAGUAUUUAUACGGUAUGCACAAUUGAAAGCCCAUGAAGUUACCCACACCGGGCUGAAACCAUACCACUGUGACCAGUGUGGGAAAGGCUUCAACUACAUUACCGGCCUAAGAACUCACCAACGUAUCCACACUGGGGAGAGACCAUACAGAUGUGACCAGUGUAAUGUGACUUUUACAACUUCGGGUUCCCUGAAAUAUCAUCAGAAGAUCCACACCAGAAAGAAAACAUUCAAUCAACAUCACAGUGAGCAGAGCGGCACAGAUGGACAAAACUCUCAGAGUUGUCAGCACUCUGCCAAUGGUGAACAGUGCUGUUGUGACCAGAGUGGGCCAACGUCUAACCAACAAAGAACCCUGCAACCACACCAGCAUAUGCACCCUGGACACAAACUGAAUCACGAUUUCCCCAUGCGGGGUUCAGUAAAAGUUCAUGGAGUCGUCCACAAACUUAAAGUCCUUGAGAUCAGGCUCCACAGAGUUCAGGUCUGGUCUCUUGUUUAGUGUCUUCAUUAAGGUUGCGUUAAGGUUGAUUAAUGAUCUUUUGAUCAUCUUUCUUUUCUGUGUUCUGAUGAGGUUUCCUUAGUUUCUACUUCAAUGUAAAAAUAAAAAUUCUGCAGCCUAAAAGAGUAUUUACCCGCCUGAGAAGUUUUCCUGCUAUUGUUGCUUUUAAUACAGUAAAGAAUGAAUGACUGAGGAAAAAAGAAGUGAGAGAGGCCACCAAGACAAUUAUGACUCCUCUGAAGGAGUUCCAGCUUCAGCAGCUGAGAUGUUAGAGACUGUUCAUCCAACAGCUGUUGUCUGUUCUUCACCAGUCAAAGCUUUGUGGAGACAAAGAGAAAGAAGGUGUUUCAAAAAGUUCAAAUUAAAUCUGGACUAGAGUUGAGCAGAAGACGUGGAGACUCUGAAGUCACCUGAAGAAGGUUCUUUGGUUUGACUUUCUCUUCGUACUUUGCUGCUGCAGUGAGCAGACUGAAAAUUCUGGUUUGAUCUUAAUCACCAUGAACUUAUUUUGUUUUCUAAAAAAUGAGUCUGUAGCUUAUGCAUUGUUAAUUUUUGUGUUCUUUGAUUCUUUAAAAUUAAUUUUCAUUAAAUUUUACUUCUGGUGUUUCAUUUAAAUCCACCUCCACUGGUUCUUUUUCAUCAUGAAUUUUAGAUAUUUUAACUGGAAUCUGUGAAAUUUUAGCUCAAUAUAUCAAAAGCUUUCUGUUAUGAAAGUAUAAUUUUCCUGACACUGUCCUCAACAUUUAACAUAAAACAACUGUCCUUUGA